GGAGAUGGGGUCGUGCGAAUGUCCUGCCCUGCUGCUUCUGCUAUCUUUGCUGCUGCUUCCCCUGGGCCUCCCAGUCCUGGGCGCCCCCCCUCGCCUCAUCUGUGACAGCCGAGUCCUGGAGAGGUACAUUCUGGAGGCCAGGGAGGCCGAAAAUGUCACGAUGGGCUGUGCUGAAGGCUGCAGCUUCAGUGAGAAUAUCACUGUCCCAGACACCAAGGUCAACUUCUAUACCUGGAAGAGGAUGGACGUCGGGCAGCAGGCUGUGGAAGUCUGGCAGGGCCUCGCCCUGCUCUCAGAAGCCAUCCUGCGGGGCCAGGCCCUGCUGGCCAACUCCUCCCAGCCAUCUGAGACCCUGCAGCUGCAUGUGGAUAAAGCCGUCAGCAGCCUGCGCAGCCUCACCUCCCUGCUUCGGGCACUGGGAGCCCAGAAGGAAGCCACCUCCCUUCCAGAGGCAACCUCUGCUGCUCCACUCCGAACAUUCACUGUCGAUACUUUGUGCAAACUUUUCCGAAUCUACUCCAACUUCCUGCGGGGAAAGCUGACGCUGUACACAGGGGAGGCCUGCCGAAGAGGAGACAGGUGACCAGGUGCUCCCACCCCGGGCAUGUCCACCACCUCACUUACCACCACUGCCUGUGCCACGCCCUCUGCACCACCACUCCUGACCCCUGUCGGGGGUGAUCAGCUCAGCACCAGCCUGUCCCACGGACACUCCA